AUGGAAGAGUCGGAGGUUUGUUCCCUGCCUGGGGGACUUGCCAGUGUGAGGAAACAAUUUGAGACCCAGGAAACUGCAACAUCACACAAUGUAACCCAGUUCCAUUUUCAUCACAGAACUGUGCAGGAAAUGUCCAACUCUGAGGUGACAAUGUCAAGCAGCAGCAGACAGGUCGUCGCAGGCAGUCAGCAGCAAAAUUUGAACCAAGAAGCAAUGGUGUCUUACAGUGACAGUAACUUUGCAUCCAGCUUUGAAAACCAUCAAAAUGAAACAGAAGAGGAGUUACCCAGGUACACUACAAAGGAACUGAGGGAUCACUUUGAAAAAACAAUAGUAGAGGCUGCUCCACAAAAAAUUAUUAAAAUUGGACGUGAUAUCAAUCGAGCAAAGUGGUCCUCAAAUGUGACACAAAACAACACUGUGACUAGUAACGUGUAUGAAGCAUCCGCUUAUGAGGCAGCAGAAGACACAUUGGCUGAAGUGAUGGAUUAUGAGGACUUUCCGCCCCCACCAGCUGAGGAUUCUGACUAUCUUCCACCCCCGCCUCCAGAUUUACUAGAAAUGGCAUCAGACAGUGAAAAUAUUCCGGCAUGCCAUUACUCCCCUGAGCCUCCAGAACCGUCAAACUCCUCCAAAUACCCACUCAACAAAGAAGCUUACAGCAAGCAGAGGAGCAUGUAUGAGCUGAAACGUCUUUACAAGCACAUUCAUCCUGAGGUUCGUAAGAAUAUAGAAAAGGAAUACUACAGUGAUUACACUGAAACUGAGAACAACCAGUUAGAGAACCAGGAAUACAUGUAUGAGGAUGAUGGUGGUAGUCCCGAUGAUAUCAACGAUGAAGAAUACAUGGACUGGGAGGAGAUUCUCCCCGGGGAGGUGCAGGCAAUGCGAUGGAUGUUUGAAAAUAAGCCACUGGACACCAUUAAGGAUGAAACUCUGGAUGACGAGGAUGACGACACCAACAAAAUAUCUGAACAGGAAAUGAUUCUUGGAAAAGAUGUGAGACGUACUGCUUGGAUGUUUGAGACCAAACCAAUGGAUGAGCUGAGUUCCCACAAUAUAAACUCAACAGAAUAUAAAAACAAAUUCAACAAAUUUGAUAAAGGAGAUGUCCGUGCUGCAGCAUGGUUGUUUGAAACCCAGACAAUGGACACUCUAAAUAAAAUGCAUAAGGAGGAGGAUUUAACAAAAGAGAUUGUGUUCACAGAGGAGGAUGGGAAUGCUACUAUUUACAUGAUUGACAAUAAGUACAUGGAAAGCCUUGGCCAUACUGAGACCAUUGACGAGAGCCACCUGUUGAGACUGAGGUCAGUGUUAGAGGAAAUCCAUGGAGAAGUAAAAACUGUUACGAGUACUUUUGACACUCAGUUUAAAUGCAUCAUUAUGGGACAAUCGAGCCAAAUGCUGGAGAUUAAGUCUGUGCGUAAAAUUGAAAGUGAAUUGGAGAAUUCCAUUGCUUCACGUUGGCUUUUCGAUACCCAACCCCUGGACAUGACGAACAGAGAAUCUACAUCUUUAAAACUUGUUUGUAGUCUUUCCAUGGAGGACAGCAAUAAGGGAGACUGGGGCAGGUGGUUGUUUGAGAUAAAGACAUUAGAUUCUCUCAAUGAGUGGGAAAGCUCAAAAAUGGAGAUGAAAGAGGUUACUGGAGCUGAUGUGCGCAAGCACUGCUUAGUGUUUGAAACACAGCCAAUGGAUUCUCUGAAGGAUGACUCCAAUGCGAGACCCGGUUCUAUUGAAGAAAUUAUCGGGGGCAAUGUUAGAUCUGCAAGGCACUUUUUUGAAAGCAGCCCUCGAGCAGAGAGGAAAACUGGCCCUGAGGUCGGAAAACUUCAAAAGGCAAAAGUAAAUGAAGAAGUGAAAGGAGAUGUGAGACACCAAAAGUGGCGCUUUGAGAGUCAACCUCUAGAGCACAUAAGAGAAGAUAAGAAAGAGGUUACUCGCACUGUGAAUGUUGAGGACGACCUCACACAGGAGGAUGGCACAAGCUGCAGGGCAGAUGUUCGCAAGAACUGCUGGGUAUUUGAGACCAAGCCAAUGGAUACUUUAAAAGAUGAUUCAAAUGCUCAGCCUGUGACAAAAGAGGACAUUAUUGCAGGUAACGUGAGAUCAGCCAGACAUUAUUUUGAAACCGAUCCAGCUGAGGAGUUGAAGGAGCUUGCAGAGGUGGGCAAACUGAAAAAAGCAGCCGCGCUUAAUGAGGAGAAGGGCGAUGUUAGACAUCAGAAAUGGCGAUUUGAAAGCCAACCCCUGGAGCAGAUCAGACAGGAAAAGAAAGAGGUCAUCCGAACGAUCGACAUGGAAGAAAUUGAUAGAGUUGACGUCUCAAAUUACAAGCAAAUCUUUGAGCGCACAGAUUUAAACUGGAGGGAUGAAUCUCAAAAGAUUCUCAUAGAGGGUGCAACCUCCGGUUCUGUGAAAGCAAAUAAAAACCUGUUUGAGUCUACUUCCAUGUAUGCCAUGCAAGACAGCUCAGGGCACUUCCAUGAGGUGAAAACAGUGCGGCGUGAAGAGGUUGUGAAAGGAGAUGUAACAACGUGCAAGUGGAUGUUUGAAACGCGGCCAAUCGACCAGUUUGAUGAAAGCAUUGAUAAAUACCAAAUUAUCAAGGGCAUCUCCAAACAAGAAAUAGAAGCUGGUGAUGUUAAAACUGCAAAGUGGUUGUUUGAAACACAGCCUCUUGAUGCUAUUAAGUAUUUCAGCAAUAUUGAAGAUGAAGAGGUUAUGGGGACAAAAAUAAAUCUUGAUGUCGUGAAGGGUGAUGUGAAAACCUGCAAGUGGCUGUUUGAGACAAAACCAAUGGACGUCCUGUAUGAAAGAGCGGAGUUAAGGGGUGAAAAUGAAUCCGAAGAAAUGCAAAAGGGAGAUGUGAAAACUUGCACAUGGCUAUUUGAGACACAAGCAAUCGAUAGUAUCCACGAUGAGACAGAGACUAUUCUGAAAACGUGCACUGUCAAUCAAGAGGACAUUAGAGGAAAGGAUGUGAGAACAGCUUGUUUUUUCUUUGAGACAGAGAAACUGGAGAACCUCACUGGGGAGGAGACGGGCUCUUUUAAGCGAGUCACUGAGAUAGACAUUGCGUCUGGAGACGUGUCUGGGAUGAAGUAUAUUUUUGAAAACCAAACAUCCGAUAUCAUGACAUCUACAUCUGAGGAAGUAAUGCAAAAGCUCAAGAUAGUUCAGGCUGAAGACAUACAAAAAGGAAACGUAGUGAACUGCAAAUGGCUCUUUGAAAACCAAUCAAUAGAUACAAUACACGAUAGCCAAGAGGAAUUUCUGAGCAGCCGCACAGUGAAUGAUGUACAAGGCGGAGAUGUAGACAAGGGGCGUUUCAUUUUUGAGACCUACUCCUUAGAUGAAAUUCAGGAGACAGACAAAGAGCUGAUGAAAAUGCGAAAAAUUGUCCGCGAUGAAGAUGAAAGGGGCGAUGUUAGUAAUUACACCAUGAUGUUUGAAAAUCAGCCCCUUUACGCCAUUCAGGACAAAGAGGGACUAUACCACGAGGUCACCACUGUCACAAGCGAAGAAGUAACCCGAGGUGAUGUUGUCGGAACCCGGUGGAAGUUUGAAACCAAGCCCCUUGACGCUAUCAGGGACACUGAUGAGGUCUAUAUCAUUAAAUCUGUCACACAACAGGAUAUGCAAAAAGGAGAUGUCACCUCUGCCAAGUGGAAAUUUGAGACACAACCACUCGACAGGAUUGCUGAAGAAAAUAAGACUCUCAUAAAAACAGUGAAUGAUAUUCAGGGAGGCAAUGUUAGGAUAAACAAAGAUCGUUUUGAGUCUGACGCACUGUCGCAGGAAUCUGUUAAAACGGUUAAUGUGAGUGAAAUACAAAAAGGUGAUGUCAGGUCUGCGAAAUGGAGAUUUGAAACCCAGUCCAUUGACAAAAUAAGAAGCAUGAGCUCUGAAAAUCUGAUUGAAACGGUUAAAAAAGAGGAAGUUGAAAAGGGAGAUGUUAAACAUUCAGUCUGGCUCUUUGAGAAAAACCCCCUUGAUCACAUUAAAGAGGUAGAUGAGGACGGAAGUACAACCAUCACAUCACCAGAGGAGAUUUCCAAAGCGGAUGUAAAGACAACAACGUGGUUAUUUGAAACGACACCAUUUGAUGACUUUAAUGAGACAAAAAUGGAGAAGACUGAAAUCAUGGGCAGGAGUGUCAAAGGAACUCUUGAGGAACUGUAUAGUCAGAAAAUGGUGAGGUCGAAGGGAAUACUUAUUGAAGCUGAUGAAAUAGGCGACGUUCGGAUGGCAAAAUACCAGCUUAUGAAUAAGCAGGCUCCGGAAAUUCAACGAGAGGAUGUCAUCAGGGGAGAUCUGCAGACUAUUAUGAUGAACCUGCUGAACAGACAGGAAAGACAGGAGCGGCAGAUAGUCAUAGAUUCAGAAGAGAAGGGUAAUAUCAGUUCUACGGUGCAUCAACUUCUCAACCAAGAGAGUGACAGCAGUAUUGAAAGGGAGGAAAUAUUACGAGGUGACAUUCGAGAAGCUAUAAACAACCUUUUUGAUGAGAGCGGGUCAGCAAAACAUGGAAUACUCAUCCAGGAGGACGAAAAAGGAGACGUUCAGAUGACAUUAUAUUCCCUUCUCAAUAAACAAGAGAACGUUAAUGUUGAAAAAGAGGACAUUGUAAGAGGCGAUAUAAAGAGUGCCCUUCAAAGACUGUCCUGCUCAGACAAGAAAGAUCAGGCAGUUAAGAUAAGGAUAGACGAGACUGAAAAAGGAAAUGUCAACUUUUACUCCACAUGCAUCGAAUCUGGGGCUCUUGACUAUCUUAAACAGUUCCAUGUAGGACCUGAGGAGACUCAGUCUGACAGAUCAGAAAAAGAGAAGAUCAUUGGAGGCGACAUCAAGGGCACUAAACUCAUCCUCGGCCGUAAUCAAACGCAAAUUGAUCGUACAGUGGCUGAUGUUAUACCUGGUGAUGUUCAAAACACGGUAAAAGUUUUCAUGUCAGAGCCAACCCUCCAAAGCCUGCAAAGGGAGGAGAUAGUCAAAGGCGAUUUAAAAGCUACUUUGAAUUUAUUGUCUGAAUCAGCAAAUCAGACCGUUGUUGUAGAGAAAGAGGAGGUGGUGAAAGGCAACAUACCGAAAACAAUGCAGUGCCUGGAGAGGGCUCAAAAGCAAUACAAAGAGGUGGAGAAGCCAGAUAUCGUAAAGGGAAAUAUCAAAGGGGCUCUGAGAUCUCUUGAAAAAUCAUCGACAUCUCAAGUUGAAGCUGUUGUCGAGGAUUUAGUUUCUGGAGAUGUGAGGGCCACACUGAAAUCACUGGAGCUGGCAAAGCAAGCUGUGAAGGAAGUUGAAAAGGAGGAAAUUGUCAGGGGUGAUAUUCGCACAACUAUGCAAAGUCUGCACGAUGCCUCCAGUGAGAGGAGGAUGUGUCAACAGGAAAUAGAUGUUCAGGGGAACGUCAGAGGAACAAUUCAGCUCUUAAUGGAGCCUCCGUCGUCACCAAGGAUGGAAAGGAGUCCAAGCCUCGAGCGUGAUGUAAAGGGUGAUGUGAAGAUGUCAAUUAAGUCAUUGUAUGAGACGCAGGAGCAAUCCCAGCUGGAGAAAGAAGAAGUGAUAAAGGGUGAUGUUAAAGGCACUAUUAAAUCACUGAUGGAAACAGCACAGCGUGAAGCUCCUAAAGUCAGACUUGGAUCAUACAGAAGAGCUCGAGUCAAGCAGAGCCCUCCGGUUAAAAACCUAAAUGCUGAUGCACAGAGGAGCAUACAGAAGAUAAAAACUGCUAAUUCAGUUGAGACAUCAAAAGAAAAGCACUCCAUCUCUGAUGACACUGAAAUUGUCAGAACAAUGUCAAGUUCCAUGGAGCAGUCUGCUCAGCAAUCGACAACUGUGGUGGAGCAUAAAACGAUUAUCCAAAACCACGGCAUCAAAACAUUAAAGACAGAGUUUCGUAAUCUAAAGUCAAAGGGAAAGGGAAUGAAAAAAGUAGAUAAAACCAAAGUAAAAACUGAUGAUUACAUCCUAAAACAACAUGGGCCAGAGCCUGAUCUGCCUCUCCCACCUCCACCAGUGACAGACGCUGACCUUCCUCUUCCUCCUCCUCCCCCCAGUGUUGAUUGUGACAUUGAUCACCUUCCUCUUCCACCACCACCACUAACCGAUGAGCAGGACUUCCUCCCACCCCCUCCCUCUCAACAAGAACUGGAUAGCAUGCCAGCACAGGCAAUUCAUCCCUCACCAGCAAAGGCAAAAAAGAUGACGGUCAAAAAAGUGAAAGCUCCGAUUUUACAUCCGGUCCCAAAGCUGGAGCCUAAGGUGGAAUUCAGUAAAACACAACAGGUGGAGCUUACAUCCGAGACAAUGAUGGUAGAAAUGAGUCAAAACCAAUCUAAAACCACAACACAUACAUCAAAAACAGUUUCAUCUGAAAUCCCUCAACUUCCUGAGUCACCAAAACCGCUUAAGAAAGUUUACAUCCCUUCUGUGAAAUUCACCCCUCCACCCUCUCCUCCGCCUUCCAUGAGAGGGAAAAUGAGUAGAUUUAACACUCCAUUAAUAAAAGCAGAAGGAAAGUACCGGAAAUAUGUGGAGGAAAACACACCCCCAACCACUCCAACACCCACUUACAUACAUGACUCAGUUACCGCUGCUCUAGAAAUGCUCUCCAACAUCGAUACAGAGCAGUCAAAUAACAAUGCAUCUGAAAUCACACAGGAGAGCGCUGUUCAUUCAGAUUCCCUAUCAUGUGAUUUAUCUAAGCAUGUCGUAGUCUCAAAUACCAGCCACAGCAAUGUCAGCGCUAGCCAUGACAAAAUAUGCACAGAUUCAAGAGUUGUUGAAUCAUCCAAACAGCAAAUUACCUCAUCAGUAUCAGGUGUUAAACAACAGAUGCAUACGACUACACAGAACACUAUUUCUGUUUCCUCCGAGCAGUCUGCUCAGUCUUUCAUGGCUGACAAAGUUGAGACCUCAAUGACUGAUGUUGCAAAAAUUGAAAACAUGAUGUCUGACAGAAAGAAGGAUUCUAAAAAUCUGAAAUCAAAGAGCUCCAACGAGCCUCAUGAUAAAAACAAAAAUGAAAUACACUCUGAUAACAGCCAAAUCGAGGAGAAUGAAAGCAAAUCAAAUUCUGAGAAAAAGGACAAAAAUGUCAAAGAGUCCAGAUCACCACAGCGUGAUAACAAGAAGAAAAAUGAUCAUUCUCCUACCAAGAGCCAAGAGAAAGUUUCAGUUCAGCCAACGCAAACAGAAAAGACAGCUGCCAAUACGAAGGGAAAAGCCGGCAAACAAAAUCAAAAGGGGAAAAAGAACAAUAAGCAAGAAAAGCAAGUAGAGACAAAAACGUCAAGUGAGAGCGAGAAACAGAGUGUUUCACAAGAUGUUAAGGUGAAUGUGAAGGAAGCUGCUGAGGUGAAAGUGAUCAGUGAAUCUAAAGAAGUAAAGACAGAGUUAGAACAGGGGAUUAAGAAAGUUACUUCCUCUUCUGCUGCCUCCAUGCCUGCUAUUACUGCUAGCAUACCUGACAGCCAACCAGAAACUCCAACUCCCACAAAAAAGAAAAAGAAGUCCAAGAAGUCUAAAGGUGGUGCACAGCCAGGUCAAGGUAAAGAGAUUUCCACAGAAUCAAAGACAGGAAUCAUAGAAACCAAUACAGCAACGUCUAAAAAAUCAAACCAAACUCAAGAAACAAUUGCAAUUUCCCUAAUUCAAAAAAGUACAAAUGAAGAGCAGAUUCAAGUCCAGAGAGAAGUCAUUACCACAGAAAGCAAAGGCGAUCAGAAUUUGCAGCAACAAAAAGCAGUUCAAAAGCAAAAGAAGGGAUCUCAAAAGAAGAAAGAAGUGACAGCUAUUCAGCAGAGCAAAGAGGAGCCACCGGAAGAAAGUCAGGAUGUCCCAAUUACAGUGACAGGCGAGUCGGAGCAAAAUAAACGGGAAAAGUCCACAGCGGGGAGAACAGAAGAAUCUCAGAGGCAGGAAGCCCAAGUGUUAAUCUCUCACAUCACAGAGACACAAAGAGUUUCAAAGAAGACUGAUUCUAAAUCUGUGAAGACUCUGCUUAAUACAGUUCCAGAUUGGCUGAUGAGUCCUGAGAGAAUGUGCGAACUGGAGGAUGCUGUGGUGGAGAGCGAUCAAAAAAGCGAAGAAAUUCUUUCACGUGUGAGGAAACUGGCAGAUUAUGAAACAAUGGAGAAGCAUGAAAGUGAGGCAACAUCUGAGAAAUCUGUUUCCGGUGGGGCAACACCAAAAAUAUCAAAGAUCAGUAUUGGUUCUGCCAAAAUCGAGAACCAAACAAAGAAGAAGACCUCCCAUGAAAGACGGAAAGAAGAAGUGAGUCAGUUCAAGUCUGUCGACCUCCGGGCUCCCUCGCCGUUACUGAGGAUGCGCUCGCCCUCCCCAACGUUUAUCACCAUUGAAUCCACACGACGAACUGACUCACCCUACAGAGUUACGCCAUCACCUACCCUGCUGCAUAGGCCACACACACCUCCCACGCCGCCGCCACGCAGGUGUGACACCCCGACAUCAUGGCUCACUAGAAUCACGCCCUCUCCCACUUUUGACAGGGCAGAAAAUUUGGCUCGACUCAAAGACACAACAGCCAAGCUCUCGCGUGGCGUCACCCCACCACCGCCACUCCCCCAACAUAUCUCAGAGAGGAAAUCUGAGAUUGUGGAAUCACCUGCGUCUUUCCAUCGGCAAAUCAAAAUCGAGGCCCAACUUGUGGAGGCUUCAGAGAAUAUUGCAACAGAAAAGCCUACAAAGAGUUUAUCCAGGGAGGCUCAGUGGGCUGAUGUAUAUUCUGCACAUGUAGAAGAAGAUCAGGCUAAUAUUUUGGAGGGUUUGAAUGCAAGUGGAAUACAAAGUUACUCCCACAUGUCAUUUUGUCAAAAUGACCCAGAUCUUAGUGAUGCUUUAGAUAUUCCAGAGCCAUCAUCUGUAUCUGUCAAAGAAAAGAGAGAGUUUUUUGAAGAAGCUCAAAAGGCUGAAAUUCAUAAAGCCUAUGUGCGAAAGGAGCCCAUAGCUAUCCCUGAACGAUUGGGCCCAGACAUGGAGGACUUAGAGGCAGAAAAUAAGAAUGAAGAAGAUGAUGAGCUUCCCAGGGCGGACAUGUACGGUCUUGUAAACAAGUUUGAAUCACCAGAAGAGAAAUUCUCUAUCAGAAAAGAGCUUAUCCCAUUCACAGAGUGGCUUCACGACACGGAAAGCACAGAUUUUGACAAAGAGAAAGCAAACAUCCUGGAACAGGAAAUGCCAGAUUUUGACAUCCAGGCUAUUAAAAAUGUUUUUGAACUGGUUGAGCAAGGUUUCUCAUUCAGAGAUGAGAAAAAGGAUCAGGAGGAGACUGUGUCAAGCCUGCGUGAAACAGCAGCAGACACUUCAAAGUGGGAAAGUCCUCAAGAGACAAAGAGAGGCUCACGGCAGAGCACCCCCCUCCCUCCUCAGAAAACUGAGGUAGAUAUUGUGCCAGCAGAACCAUCAGCAUUUUCUGAAACCAAAUCAAUGACAGAACAUUUCUCAGAUGUUGAUGAGUUCGGUAACAAGGUCACCGGAAUAAGGACAGCCGUCUCUGAGCACUCUGAGAGUGUGUCAACCCAACGGGGUCCUUCCUACGCUGAUGCAGUUAAAAAAAAGGCUGCAGCAGCAAAGGAAACGGAAUUCUACGAUGACGACGCUACUGAUAAGUUGCUGAGUAAUUUCCAGAAAACAUGGACAGAGAGUGAAUCUGUGUUCAAGAGUCUUGGCUACACUAUUUCUGAGGAGACAACAUCCCAAGUUGUGUCACAUCAGACGAAGAUUGUCUCCUCUGCAGGUUCGAGUUCCAAAGUCGGAGCUCUGCACAGUAUGUUGGAGGAGAGCUUAUCCGAUGGAUGCUCUGAUAGUGGACAAAAAGAAGUACCAUAAAUCCUGUUUCUGCUGUGAGCACUGCAGAAAUAAAUUAAGCCUAGGAAAUUACGUCUCUCUCCAUGGACA